UGGCCGCUGGGCGGCGGCGGCUCGGCUGGGCUGCGGGCGCGGGGCCGCCAUGGGCAAUCUGUUCGGCCGCAAGAAGCAAAGCCGGGUCACCGAGCAGGACAGAGCCAUCCUGCAACUGAAGCAGCAGCGGGACAAGCUGAGGCAGUACCAGAAGAGGGUCUCACAGCAGCUGGAGCGGGAGCGGGCCCUGGCCCGGCAGCUCCUGCGAGAUGGCCGGAAGGAACGUGCCAAGCUGCUGCUCAAGAAGAAGCGAUACCGGGAGCAGCUCCUGGACAGGACAGAGAGCCAGAUCAGCAGCCUGGAGACCAUGGUCCAGAGCAUCGAGUUCACCCAGAUCGAGAUGAAGGUGCUGGAGGGGCUGCAGGUGGGGAAUGAGUGUCUGAACAAGAUGCACCAGGUGAUGUCCAUAGAGGAAGUGGAGAGGAUCCUGGACGAGACCCAGGAGGCCGUGGAGUACCAGCGGCAAAUAGAUGAGCUGUUAGCAGGAAGCUUCACCCAGGAGGAUGAAGAUGCCAUCUUGGAGGAACUGAAUGCUAUCACUCAGGAACAAAUAGAGCUACCGGAGGUUCCUUCAGAGCCCCUUCCUAAAACACUCCCAGAAAAAGACCCUGUCAAGGUCAGAGCCAGGCCCGCAGACCUGGUGGCAGCCUCGUAGCUCAGCCCCUCACAGGACUCGCGGGAUUCUACAAGGAUAAACCCACGCAGCUUGGGUGUGUGGUGGCCCUGGAGGGCUCCCAGGAGGCCGGCCGGCGUGGCCAGGCUGGCCAGCACAGAAGGUGCUGUCGGGCAGAACAGCAGCACACGCAGGCUCACGUGCUGGGACGGCUCCUGGGUGUCCCUUCACGGUUCAGUCUGAUUGCACAGUGACGCUGCUGUUCUGCUCUCAUUCUGGAUUAAACAGCGACAUGCAGACCCUUGGCCAGGCCCGGCUUCUGACGGGGUGGUUCCAUGGUGGCAGAGGCCCAGGCCUGCCACCCGCCCCUGGUGCUGUUCAGCAGCCCUGGUGCCUGUGGGAAAGCGGACAGCGGGCCCCGACAUGCCUCAGCUUCCCUGCGGGGUAGGGGCAGACACCCCAGAACCUCUUGGCACCUCUACUUGACAGCCUAGGCCAGCUUCUAGCCUCUGGGAGAGUUGGGCCGGGGGCUGUCGCUGCUAGAUUGACUCCCGGAGCCCCAGCCGUGCCCCCACACAGUGGCUCUGCCUUGCUGAGAAGAGACAUCCUGAAGGGGAUGGUGAGACUCGCUGUAGCAGCCGUGGCGUGCUCCAUGUGCCCGUGGCUGUCCUGGACAGUCCCAGCCACCAGCUGCCGGGACAGCAGGCCCAGCCUGAAGCCACUGCUCAUGCAAGGCACCUGUUUCGCCAUCAGACAGCCCGGCCGGGGUCUCACUGGCCCAUGAACAGCACAAGAGCAGGGGCCACCAGGAAUAGGGAGCUUCCUCAUUAACCCCAAACUGGUUGCCCCCAUAUUAAAGUUGGCCCCUUCCUGGCCUGCUGCCUCGUGGA